CAGAGAGAAAAUCAGAACCUGCGGCCCCUACUGGAAGUGUCAGAGAGUCGGUUUCUUUCUUAUUUCCCCGAUUCUUUUUGAGUGUGGAGCUUGCUUGUUUAUUUUGAGAGGGUUGCAAGAACAAAACUAUUUACAGUUCCUGUGCUGUCAGCGAACCUACUUGCAAUUCUUGUUUCCGUACAACAUCUCUCCAGGUCCAUCUCCCCGGGAAGAAGGUUGCAAAGCAACGAACUUCUGUGUUUGUGUAGUACCAAACACGACGAGCUUUAAUACUGGCACUUCAUCUGUCAAGUAGAACGUCUACAUUUACUCUCCUUCCUACUACUCGAUCCCCCUGUUGGGAAUUACUACUACUACUACUACUAAUCCUAUUAUUUUGUCAAGGUCAACAUCGGACCUACACCAUCAAAUAACUACUCGCCAGAACAUCAUCAGUACUAGCUACGGAAAGAAGAAGAACUACACCCACCGAGAGGACACCACGACUAGAGCGAGGACCUGUGCUCGAUUUGUAUCAUUGUUUUUGACCGAAGAAAACCCAAAAUGGCCUUCUCCACCCUCCGUCAGGCGACCUCGGUCGCGGCUCGCGCGCCCUUCGCGUCCCGAACGGCUCUGUCGGGUUCUAACCCCAUGAAGAACCAGAAGCGGUUUUUGAACCUGCAUGAGUACCAGUCCAUGGAUACGCAUUGCAAAUAUGUCUGGGACUGGAUCCAUGGAUUCGAAUUUGUGAUGCGAAUGCUACAUCAUGACAAAAUCUGCCAUGCAUGGUCAGCAAAAGGCCCCACUUCCUGUUACAGAAAGAGGGCAUUUGUCAUGCGGAUUACGCAUCGGGAUACCUGCUCGGAAUCUGUGAUGCUAGGGCUUGCAUGCCAGACGAUCUGGGCUAGGCCAAAACUGCAUCACAAAUGUCUGUACUCUUCCGGACCCAGACAUUUUUGCAUUUGAUGAUGGAAGUUUUCAACAAAUUUGGCGUUGCGGUGCCGAAAUUCAUGGUGUGCAAGUCCCAGGUAUCAAAUGUAAAAAUGUCUGGGUCUGGAAGAAUGCAACUUGUCAUGCUAAAUCCGAAUCAUGCAGAAAUCUGUGUUGCAUGAGUGCCAAAAGCUGCCUCCUUUUGACCAAGUUGAGAGGGAGUUUCUCAUGCAGGAAAGGCAUGAUAGAGCCCUAAAAGAAUCUGUCAUGCUGGGUCUCGCAUUCCAGACCUCAUGGGUCAUGGAAAACCUGCAUCACAAAUCUUGUAUUCUUCCAGACCCAGACACUUUUACAUUUGAUACCAGGGCGAGAUGGGAAACGUGUACGACGCGAUGGGUACGGAUGUGGUGGUGAAAUCGCAGGUGCUAGCCGGCGGCCGGGGGUUGGGGCAUGUGAAAGAGAACGGAUUCCAGGGCGGGGUGCACGUGGCCAAGGACAAGGCACACGCUGUGGACUUGGCGGAUAAAAUGAUGGGCAAGACCCUGGUAUUUUUCAGAAAUAAAAUUUCAAUAUCAAUUCGUCGGCGUGCUAUAGCGAGAAACCAGCACGAGCAAUGAACUAGAAGUACAGUGUGGUCGUGCACAAAAAACACAAACUGCAUUGCAAAUCAUCUCAAAGUUUUGAUGCAAGUAGCUACUACUGGAACUUCGACCUGUUAUGAUGCUCGUGCAGUGAUGUCGCUGCAGCUUUAAAGCACGCAUGACAAAGAAAGAUCUUAAAUGAUGAACCAAGCUUGUUCUCCUGUUUUUAGGUGACCAAGCAGACUGGAGAGACGGGCAAGCCAAUCAACAGCCUUUUGCUCGUGGAAAAAUUUGAAAUCAAGUCAGAACGGUACUUCGCCAUUCUGAUGGACCGAUCUGCCGGGGGGCCUUUGGUGAUUGGAAGCAAGACGGGCGGAACCUCGAUCGAAGACAUUGCUGCUGCGUAAAUUUGGUUUUCAUGUUGUAGUGGAUCGAUUGCUUAUUUGCACUACAGCAGGCGGAAAGGAACACUAUGUAGGGUUUCUUAGUCUACUUCAUCAACAUCAUCAUGUCCACACUAAAACAAAAUCAAAAUGAAAACUCUACUACAAAAUCAAUCAAAACAGCGACCCAACGGCCAUCAUCAAGAUGCCGAUCGACAUUAUGCAGGGCAUGAGCAGUUAUCAACUGUAAAAAUGUCUGGGUCUGGAAGAUUCUGAAACUUGUGAUGCACGUCUUGCAUGAGCCAUGAUGUCUGUGAUGCACGCCCUAGCAUCAUAUAUUUUCUGAGGGCAUCUUGAUGCCUAUUCCGCAUGACAAAUGCCCUAUCCUUGUAGCAAGAAUCAGAAUCCUUUUGCUGCUCAUGCAACACAAAUUUUUUAGACAUCCAAAUGCAGCAUCACAAGUUCCAAUCUUCCCAGACCCAGACAUUUUUGCAAUCCAUAGCAGUGCCCAGGCGAAGCAGAUGGCGGAGCAGAUGGGCUUUACCGGCGCGCAGGCCGACGACGCUGCGAAGUCCAUUCUGGGCCUCUACAUAUCAAAUGCAAAAAUGUCUGGGUCUGGAAGAUUCUGAGACUUGUCACGCAUGGUUUGCGUGCGCCAUGAUGUCUGUGAUGCGUGUCCUAGCAUCACAGGUUUUUUGAGGGAUUCAUGACAAAUGCCCUCUCCGCGUAGCAAGAAUUAGAAUCCUUUUGCUGCUCAUGCAACACAAAUUUUUUAGACAUCCAAAUGCAGCAUCACAAGUUCCAAUUCCAAUCUUCCAGACACAGACAUUUUUACAUUUGAUACUACAAGGUCUUCAUCGAGUGCGACUGCACGAUGGUUAUGCAUUGCAUCAAAAUUUUCAUUAUCGCGCUGGUGGUACUUAAUUGCAUCACAAGUUUAUUUCGUAUAAAGACAAAAUCCGAAUUUGUAAUGCUGAUUCAGCUAAAGGAAAAGGCGUAGGUUUGUACCUUCGCUAGAAUCAGCUAAUUGCGAAGAUACUUCUGCAAUUAGUACCAGCACGAGCGCGAUUAUACUUUUGCACUGGAUAAUGAUGGAGAUUAACCCCUUCGCGGAAUUGUCCGAUGGCCGGGUCAUCGUGUGUGACGCAAAGGUGGGGUUUGACGACAACGCGUCCUUUCGGCACCAGGAUCUGCACUCGAAGAGGGAUGUGAGCCAGGUAUUUUUGAUCACCAUGUUGAAGCGCAACCGCAAGCGAUCAAGAUUAUCAUUAUGCUCUUUCUGCAUGGGAACGAACAUUUACGUAGUGGGUGUUGCAUCACAAAGACCUGAAGAAAACAGUACUUGCUAUGGAAUCGGAGCCGACAAGGUGUCGCUCAUGACAGGAACGACUUCUAAACUGAAUUACAGGAGGACAGCCGCGAGGUGGCCGCAAAAGAGUUUGACCUGAACUACAUUGGCCUGGAUGGGUCGGUCGCGUGCAUGGUUAACGGAGCCGGGCUAUGCAAUGCAAAAGCAUCGUACUCUAGUAUAAAUUGCAUUCCAAAUUAGCCCAGCAUUACAAAUUAAAUUUGUAAUGCUGAUUUGCCUUGGGAAAGAAAUUUGUAAUGCGUAAAUGCAAUUACUACGAGCGCGAUACUUUUGCACAGGAUACGAGCUUGCCAUGGCCACCAUGGACUUGCUCAAGUUGUUCGGCGGGGAGCCCUAUGGAUUGCAAAAAUGUCUGGGUCUGGAAACUUGUGAUGCAAGUCCGUGAACAAUAUAGUGCCCUGCUGUAAUGCGCCGCCAAGCAUGACAAGUUUUUUCGUGCUUUUGUGAUGCGUAUUUCGCAUGAGAAAGUGCGCUUUUGCAUGACAGGCAAGAGAACUUCUUGGUGGCCACGCAAUACAGAGUGCAGAGUCAACAUGCCAGACUAGCAUGACAUCUCUCGCAAUCCUCCAGACCCAGACAUAUUUGCAUUGGAUAAGCCCGCCAACUUUUUGGACGUGGGUGGUGCGGCAAACGAGGAGUCUAUUACCGCGGCAUUUAAGAUCUUGCAGGUACUACAGUUGUCUUUCAUGUACUAGGGCGUUUUCGUUUUAUUUCAUGCGGAAAAAUAUUUCGAACCAGUACCAGCGAGCUGGAUUUGCGAUUGCGAUAUAGGUGUCGGCUGUUGCAGCACGCCGGUUUUGCAUCACCAGCUUUUGCUUUGUAUCACUUCUUAUCAAAUGUAAAAAUGUCUGGGUCUGGAAGGGUUGGAACUUGUGAUGCAAACUCUGGAACACACAAAAAUUUGUGUUGCAUGAGCGCCAAAAGCUGUCCAUUUCUUGGCACGCAAGUAGGAAGUUUCUCAUGCGGGACAGGCAUCAUGAGGCGUGCUCAAAACCUGUGAUGCUUUUGCCUGCAUCAGACGCCACUUGCGUGAUCCGAAAUAUGCAUGACAAAUCUCAGAAUCUUCCAGACCCAGACAUUUUUACAUUUGAUACUUCUCAUGCGUAGUAACAAGGAAAAAUGAAAUUAAAAACACCACCAGGGCGACCCGAAUGUGAAGUCCAUCUUCAUCAACAUCUUCGGCGGUAUCAUGCGGUGCGACGUGAUUGCGAACGGGGUGGUGGCUGCGAUCAAGAAUGUCGGGCUUUCGAAACCACUCAUCGUGCGGUUGGUGGGCACGAACGUCGAUGAGGGAAAGAGAAUUAUCAACGAAUCGAAACUGCAAGUCGAGGCGUUUGACGAUUUCACUGAGGCAGCCAAGAAAGCCGUGGAGAUGGCGAAGUGAAGCGGUGCUGGUGCAUCAACUAGCAGGUCACAGUGCUGAAAAAUCCUGCUAUGAAAACUCUUAAACUCUUUACUGUUCUUGAAAAAUUCAAAUUCACCUCCUGUUCCUGCAAGAAGACCAUGACAGGAGCACGCAACAACAUCCUUCCAGUUUUUACAGCCAUUUGCUUCGUAGAAUUUUUCAUCAGUGCGGCUGCACCACAUUUUUUACGCGUUUGAUGGUGUUGUUGACAAGAAAACGCAACUGCACGUGGUCCGUCUCUGCGCCGCAAUUUUUUAUUCACACUUCCUUGCAGGAGGUGCCCGAGCAGCUGUAGUACAGCUCUUGAUGUGCUUUUACCUCGGUUUAUUCAUCAUUUAUCGACACACUUCUUAUGGGACAAUUACUUUAACAUUUGUUCCUACUAGAAGCCGCAUCACGGCUCUGCCUGCUCUGUCUUUUGUCAAUACUCUACUCAAGGGAGGAAGAAGGGGAGACCACGCAACUACGUCUCACCCAUAGAUAGAUACGCUAAACUCGUUGUUCAAUACAUCAAUCACACUACUACUAGUACAACUAGGUCACAACUUUAUCACACUUUUAUUUCACACACACACUAAGGUCAACAGCACGCAAUUUUGCGGUGUCAUUGGAAAAAGUGCGUCGUGCAAGAAAGAGAUCAAGGAGAAACUUCAUGGCACUACGUUGUUGAAAAUAUUAAAGGGCGCAAAAGGAGCCACGCAAAGAACGCACGGUGGGUAAGAACUACAUACGAUUUUUUCACGAUGGUUGGCCGUUGUGAAAGGCACGCAACAU